GUUUGAGACCUGCAAUCGAGCAGGCAAUUGGAGAUCUGCAAUAGAUCGUAUGCAACCUCAAAGUAAAUGCAGCCUCUAAAUUCUGAUAUUUGAGUAUGCAAAUUGUCUGCGGCGCAGGUUUCUGCCAUGGUACACUUUCCCGGUGUAGCGCAAGUCGUGCUGGGUUCUAGAGGAUGGAUAAGUCCACUGCCUUUUACCCUCCCCCUCUCCCUCUCUUUAUCUCUUCAUCCACUACAUCCUUGUCUUAAGUGCUCCAACACUAUGCCGUCUCAGAUCGAUUCCACAUUUGCUACCCCGCCUCAUUCAUGGUCGACAUCGCCGAGAAAAGGAAUGAGAUCUCCGCAAACAGCGAACACAAAGGAAUCGUUACCGGAGUGAACACCGUAAUCCUUCCAUCCAUCUCUAUGCAGCAGGGCUCAAGAUCAAGG